ACCUUGUCGCAUGGUGAAGAAGAGCCUGUCUCUUCAUCAACUGUAGUCUGUAGCCAUUCUGAAAGAAGUUAGUUGCAUGUUGGUCCUAUUAGCACAGGGCAAGCACUGUAUACUGUGUCCGUACCCGAAUAUACACUGAGACUGAUUGCCCUGGCAAACAUCAUCAUCAGAUUCUGUUGAACCCUUGUUGAACCCUUGUACCGUAGUGAUAAGUUCAAGUGUGUUGGCAAUGAUGAGCAGGUCGCCAUCACUAGCUUCGAGAGUUGCUGUGCUUCUCCUUGCCGUAACAUGGUGGCAGUGUGCUGAGGUGUGCGCUGGCAAUAACCUGAAGUGUCCGCCAUGCAGCGCCGUUCUGGCACAGAGGCGUCAGCAAUGUGGAGGUCGUCCACCGACCUGUUCGUCGAGUUUGGUGCCAGACGUGUGCAAGUGCUGCUGGACCUGUGCUAAGGCCAAGCACCAGUUCUGCGGAGGUCUGUGGCAUAUGCAUGGACGUUGUGAGAAGGGACUGCAUUGUGAAAUGACGGAGCAGCAUCUAGAAAGUGUGGUGAUUGCCACAACCAGAGACGAAGCUGGUACUGAGCUCACCACACCGUAUCUCCUUCCAAAUGGACAUUGCAAAGGAACACCCUCGCGAACACCAUGCCAGGAGAAGACAUGCCCUUCGGGCACACGCUGUCUUCACUCCUAUACCCACUGUGGGGAAUUCCCUGCUGAGGAAACUGGCCAUGCUACCCACUGUAUACCAGUGGCUAAGUGCAUUGCAGAGGGAACAGAAUGUGAUCGGCAAUUGUUCUACGGCUGCGAUGAUAUCAAUGGUGUGUGCUGGUGCGGUGAGAAGAUGGCAUGUGUCGGUGAGCCUCCAUUCCGAUUUCCUAACCGAAGACCCUGUCAACAACACAUCCAUCAUAGAAACGCUAGUAACCAAGCUAAUGCCAUUGCUUCACUAGUACCUGGGCCUACGGCAGUGCCAAGUGACACAAGUCGGGGAAAUACUGAAGGAGGUAGUGGUUGCCAACUGGCCAAUGGCAGCUCUGUUGCGUCCGGGACAACUUGGAAGCCAACGCAAUGCAACGAAUGUACCUGUACGAUGGACGGCGUCAUAGCGUGCGAUGAAAAGUGGGGACUGAAUUGCCCAGACAUCAAUUCAAGCUGUGUCAACAGGGAGACAUCCCUGGACCAAUGCUGCGUCAUAUGCAAAGAUGAGGUCAAGGAUAAAGUCAAAGAUGAAGAGGUCAAAGUUGAGGUCAAAAUUGAGGUCAAAGAUGAAGUUGAUGUGCUGGAGACUGGAGGUCCCAUUGCUGUGGGCCCAGGACCAGAUGGCCCAGCGAAUGGUGCAGAGGUGGACUCAAGUGCGUCCAUGUCUAAAGAACUGGUAUGGCCCAUUCUAUUAGGAUGUGUUGGUUUUGCCUUGCUUCUUGUGCUCAUGCUUGUCAUCUGGAAGCGCUACUCACGACAUCAAAGUCGCGACCACCUGGGCAACCUUGCUUACUCCCCCGCCACGGCCGAACAGCAGCACCUCCAUGCAUUGCUACAUUGCAAAACUUCAUACUGACGCGGCCAUGACUGGGCCAGUGGCUAGAUUGCCAGCGUCCCUGUACCAUGACUAACUGGAGAUACACAGUACAGAGCUUGGUGUUACGAGUAACUAACUGAAAAGACCACACCCGCACAAAUACAUCUAGUGAAGUAUUUCCACGCCGCCAAUAACCUCAGCCGCCAAUAACCUCAGUUCAAAGCUGCAAUACACUUUGUGAAUAUACUGUACAAGUAUCUAUGAUGCCAUUACAAAAUUUAAAAUGCUAGGCAAUAUUAUGUAACUAUGAAGAAAACCAAUCUAAAAUGAUAUUUUAAUGUAGUCAGCAUCGGCAAUCUGCCACUCUAUACAAUGCGAUGCAAGGCACUGCUGGUGCUUUGCCAUAAUAAUUAUCCUGCUACGUAUUUUUUCUGAGUGAACCCAUUGCAAAGUGUUCGCACAUGCUCUGAUUAGCAACAUAAUGAUGCUUGUCCAAUUGAAUGGUCUGAAGAGCAGUUGACAUGACAUGAAACUUCUCCUUAUCCAAGCCAAUUGAUGCAAUUUACGUUAGUAGAGAUUA